GCUAUCGGGUCUGCAGUGACGGAGAUGCGACACAGCCAGUGAGUUUUGCUGCCGAAAGAGAGGCGAGAAAAAAAACGGACUCGUGAACAUUGUGUGCGCACGGGGCGAAGGAGCGUCUCCAAUGUGACGUCAUCACUGGUCGCUCGGUAAUCGGACCUGGUGCCUUCCUAAUCAAACCCCGACUGAGCUCGUGCCUCUAACCGUCUAACGGCAAACAUGACGGUCAUCAACGCACCGAGAGACAAAUACCAUGCCGUGUGGAUCAUUUUCUUCAUCCUGGGUUUGGGAACCCUCUUGCCCUGGAAUUUCUUCAUGACCGCAACUAUGUACUUCACCAGCAGGCUGAAGGAGCCGUCCGCCGACCCCACCCCCCCCCCGUCGCUGGGCAACAACAACGACACCUCGGAUGGCGGAGACACUCGCAACGUGCUGGAGUCCAAGUUCAACAACGUGAUGACGCUGUGCGCCAUGGUGCCGCUGCUCAUCUUCACCUGCCUCAACUCCUUCCUCCACCAGAGGGUGCCUCAGAAGCUUCGGAUCAUCGGCAGCCUCGCCGUCAUCUUCGUGGUUUUCCUGUUGACGGCGGUGCUCGUCAAGGUGGACGUGGCUCCGCUGCCCUUCUUCACCCUCACCAUGGUCAAAAUUAUCUUCAUCAACUCGUUCGGGGCGAUCCUUCAGGGCAGCCUGUUCGGCCUGGCAGGGAUACUGCCCGCCUCCUACACCACCCCCAUCAUGAGCGGACAGGGGCUGGCCGGCACCUUCGCCGCUCUCUCCAUGAUCUGCGCUCUGGGCACCGGAUCGGCCCUGACGGACAGCGCUUUUGGUUACUUCAUCACAGCCUGCGUCGUCAUUCUUCUGGCCAUAAUGUCCUACCUCGCUCUGCCCAGGAUGGAGUUCUUCCAGUACUACAUGGCGAGCCACGGAUCCGCACCCCCCGCUGACGAGGAUAACAAUAUGGACUUACUACAAAAAGAAAGAGAAGAGAAGAGGCCGGUGGUGAGUCUGGGGGAGGACGAGGCCAGACCCACCGUGUCCGUCAUCAACAUCUUCAAACAGAUCUGGGUGAUGGCCCUGUCGGUGUGCUUCAUCUUCACCGUCACCAUCGGGACGUUCCCGGCCGUAACCGUGGAGGUGAAGUCGACUGUUGCUAACGGGGGCAAAUGGGAAACGUACUUCAUCCCCGUGUCGUGUUUCCUCCUCUUCAACCUGAUGGACUGGGCCGGCAGGAGCCUGACGGCCGUCUGCAUGUGGCCGGGUAAAGACAGCGUGGUGCUUCCUGUCAUGGUGGGCCUGCGGCUAGUCUUCGUCCCCCUCUUCAUGCUGUGCAACGUCCAGCCUCGUUACUACCUCCCCGUGUGGUUUGCCCACGACGCCUGGUACAUCAUCUUCAUGAUCGUCUUCGCCUUCUCCAACGGAUACCUGGCCAGCCUCUGCAUGUGCUUCGGACCCAAGAAGGUGCCCGCGCAUGAGGCGGAGACGGCGGGGGCCAUCAUGGCCUUCUUCCUGUCCCUCGGCUUGGCGCUGGGCGCCGGGAUCUCCUUUGCUUUCCGGGCCAUGAUCUGAAGACUCCAGCAGACCCUCCCUCCCUCUCCUCCUCCGGUAGAUGUAGAUUAGAACCCCGCCCUAAAAACACUACGCCUGCCUUCACUUCAGUGGGGACAGCAGAUCGGAGGACCCGUCUCAUCCAGACAGUACAACCUGAAACAUGUUACGCAAUAUUUAGUAGUAUUCUUCCGAGCGCCGCUUAAACUCGAUGCCGUUAAUCCCGAGUUCAGAAUGCAACCAGGUGACCAAAAACCAAAUGUGUAAAGAACUCGUCGUGUCUUCCACCAGGAGCCUCAUUAGUAACAUAUGAUAGAACAAUGUAGUUAUGGGAAAAUAUACAUUUGUGUGUAGUUUUUUUUUUUU